AUGACUAUCCUUGCUGCUAUUUCAUCCCUCGGUUCUGCCAAGACCUCAUCAAUUUCCAAGUCAUCAUUCUCUGGUGCUGGAGCACUCCAAACCCAAGGUGGUAACUCUGUAGCUUGUGGUGGAUGUGGACAUGGUGGCAAUUUACUUGGUGGAGUUAUAGGCACUGUUGGUGGUGUAGUUGGACUCGUAGGUGGCAUUGUAGGAGGUGUUGUUGGUGGUCUCUUGGGUGGUGGUCGUGGUGGUUGUGGAUGUCAUUAA